AUGUAUGAUGAUAAAACACGAAUAGAAAUGCAAACUAGUGGUGCUAAAACAAGCACGCACAUUCUCCCCAAAGACGCCGCGCCGUCCAUUCACGUCAAAUUACCGGGCGCCCCUGCCACGCCUUCUCAGACGCCGCUCAUUUCGCCACGCUACGCGAUCCGGGGCUGUAAUUUGGGCCCGAUGGCCGUCCAGAGCCGCAAAGCGGAGCGGGGCUACGCGGCGGGCCCGGAGGCCUCGAGGGCUGGGAGGAGCAGCGAGGGGGCGGAAAACGAGUUACGUCUGGGGCCAAUCACAGGCAGCUGUCAUGUAUUUAAGACCAAGCAACCGCGCCGGCCUCUAUCAAGGUUACACAUCGAUGUAAACCGUGGAAUGCGGCUCCGAACCUGCUGUCAUCACUUCGACGCCAGACGGCUGCCUAACCGCCGCUCCGCCGGCGGGGCGGGAGCGUUUUGCAGAGCAGGUCAACGCACGCGCAUUCGCGGCCAGACGGCCCGCACGCGGUCGAACGCGGCGUUACGAGGCCGUUCCCGCAAGAGGCGGCGUUUCGGAGAAGAUAACUCAUCUACUUCAACUGAACCAUCUAAAACUAUCUGUGGCAUUAAUGGCACAAUGGUAGAAAUUGAGUUGGCUGCUGGGAUUCGCGCCCUGACCGCGUGGGGCCCUUGGCCUGUUGCAGCGGCCGCGGCGGCGCCUUUGGACGCGGCCGAGUCGCGCGCGGGGCGGCAGCUGGGCUGGCCCGGCCUGCUGCCCAUCGGGCCCUGCUUCUCCAGCAAGGGCGAGUUGGGGCGCUGCACCAGCUUCCGCCAGUGCUACCCGUACUUCAAGCUGCCCGAGCUCAGCAACUGGGAGACCUGGGUGCUGGGCAUAUGUUCGGCGUGUGCUGCACCAACCCCGCAACGCCGCGCCCGCCCCUCCACCCCACGCCGCCCCCCGCCCUGUGGAGCCCCAGAACAGCCCCUGAGGAAGGCAAAACCCGUGGGCCCCGGUCGUGAAUCCCAUCCCGCCCAACUGGCUCCGCCGCCUCCCCACGCACCCUCCCACAACACCCAUCCCUUCGCUGCCACGCACACCUCCCUCCCCGGGGGCCCGGCCUCCCGCCCACCUCCCCGGACACCGCCCCACGGCGCCCACGCCGCCCCACGGCCCCCGACGCCGCCCCAGCGGCCACCUACCCCACGCAGCCGCCCACCAAACCGCCACGCGGCGCCCUGGCCCGCCCGUGCCCACGCACCCGCCGCGGGCCCCGACCACCACCACCCGCCCGCCCUGGCAGCCGCCCCAGUGGCCGCCCACCCACCCCACACCGCUCACCACGCACACCACACGCAGGCCCCCGACGAGCCCAGCAACGUGCUCGCAGACGCCUCUUGCGGCGCGCGCAACGGAGCCAUGGAGCAGGAGCGAAUCGUCGGAGGGCAGAACGCAGACAUCGGCGAGUGGCCGUGGAUGGCAGCUCUAUUUAAUGGAGGAAGACAAUUUUGUGGAGGAUCUCUCAUCGACAACAUUCACAUUCUCACAGCAGCACACUGUGUGGCGCACAUGAGUUCAUGGGACGUGGCCCGGCUUACAGUACAUUUAGGAGACCAUAACAUCAAGACAAAUUACGAAGUUCGGCAUAUUGUGAAAAAAGUAAAACGAGUAGUUAGACAUCGUGGCUUUGAUUCUCGAACUUUGUACAAUGAUGUUGCUGUUCUCACUCUCGACUCUCCAGUAACAUUUACACAACAAGUACGACCUGUUUGUCUUCCAAGUGGAAAUGCUCUCUAUGCAGGACAAACAGCUACAGUCAUUGGAUGGGGAAGUCUUCGUGAAAGUGGACGCCAACCAGAAAUUUUGCAAGAAGUAAGUAUUCCAAUAUGGACAAAUAGUGAAUGCAGAGCCAAAUAUGGAAGUGCAGCUCCUGGAGGAAUUGUAGAGCAUUUCUUGUGUGCUGGCUAUGAUGGCAAAGAUUCCUGCAGUGGAGACAGUGGUGGACCGCUCAUGAUAAACAAUGGGAGAUGGACUCAAGUAGGCAUUGUAAGUUGGGGCAUUGGCUGUGGAAAGGGGCAAUAUCCUGGAGUUUACACACGAGUAACACAUUUUAUGCCAUGGAUUACAAAGAAUUUGAAGUAAAAUUCUCAGUUUUGUUAUUAUAUUUCUGGGGAAGGAGAAAGUUCCCAUGCCCGCUUAAGAUCAUAAAAAAUUUCAACAUCAGGCAAAACGCCCUAUUAAAAAUGUAAGACACGAGGCCCUCUUUACUUACAUAAAUUUUCCUCACAAUAAGGCUUUGUUCAAAAUAAUGCAUCAUUGGCAAAGCUUGAGGAUGAAAGAAAGAAGAACCAAAAUGUGGAAAAAUGUGUACAGCAAUUCUUUUAAUGUAAACAAGCUUUCAUAACAAAAUGCUGAUCUUUCGAAAAGCAAGUUCUUUACAGAGUCAUGGGUAAUCUAAUACAAGAAAUUUAGCUUCACAUACCAGGCUCUAACUGCAUUGGAACAGUGCAACACAAAGAAAUCCUCUGAGUGAAAUAGUAUUUUGAACUAAAUGAAAAUCUGUCUACAAUAACAUAGUGUCACAAAUUUUAUGAAUAAAGGUAUAAGAUUUUUUAAAAGAAAGCAAAUGAAAUUUUGUAUGCUAGUCAAACAAUAAAAUCUGCUACCAAUCCAAGUUACUACUAUGAUAACACUCAAAUAUUUCAAAUAUUGUGCCAUGUUUUCUUUGUACUUGUUGACAAUUUCUGUGAAAUAAGAAUUUCAAUAUUUCAUAAAGUGACAUAAUGUAGACUUGAAAAUGCAGACAAAUCCAUUAAAUGAGGUACUAUCAACAGAAGAUUCAAAUUAAUUAAAAUAUGACUUUGCUUAUAAAACAAGUUCUGUACCUCACUCUAGGUUAUUUGGGGAAUUUAAAAAUAAACUUAACUUAUUGUGA